AUGCAGAGCUAUUCGCUGUCAUCCGCGCCUCCGCCGGGCCACAAGAACUAUGUCUUUGUCGAUGAGCAUAACCGACAUAAGCGGCUCAAGGUGAUGAGAGCCUGUGAAGGAUGUCGCCGGCGGAAAAUCAAAUGCGACUCCGCCACAACCAACACCUGGCCGUGCGCCGCCUGUGUGCGGCUGAAACUCCAAUGCAUCCCUCCGGCAGGAGGACUCGAGGGCGAUUCAGGAGAUGUUGCGCCCGGAAGUGCUGUCGAAGAGACAGGCGGACCUCCAUCAUACUCGGCCGCAUCGAUCGCGCCUGGCCAGCAACUUGGUCAGAGCUAUGCGCCCACGGCGCCAACCUUCCAACUUAACCAAGGAGAUACAUAUUCUUACGACGCCUACGUUAGCAAUUACCAGAAGCCAUCGUUUCAGGUCACGGAAAAGCCCUACGACGGAUAUUAUUCGGAUUCUCAUCGGUUCCCCCGAACGCUGCAUGACCCCUAUCAGAAUACUACUCAAACGUAUGCGCAGGCCCAACACGAUGAGAAGCCUUUCAGACAAGAGCGCGCUGGGUCUUCCCCGAUCGACCAAUUCACCGCCGAAGAUCUUAUGGAACACCUUGGCCAGUUGAAGAUCGGCGAGAGCGGAGUGGCGCCCUAUAUUCGAUCGGAGAAAAGCAGCAAAGAGCUAGACCCCCCCAUUCAGGAACCCGACCCUGAGCCAAAGAUUGCGGCUGCCUUCAGUACCGAUGCGGGCUCUCAGAUAAGGAUUCCGCCAGCACUGAUGCCGUCGCAGGAGGAGGCGAUGCAGGCCUUUGAGACGUACUUCAACAACGUUCACCCGUAUGUUCCGGUGUUGAACAGGAGCCAUUUCUAUAAUCAGUGGCAUACCGAUCGAGGAUCGAUAUCUCCUCUUAUAUUGGAGGCCGUUUUCGCCAAUGCAGGUCGACUAUCUGACGACCCAGCUCAAGGCGCACAAUGGCUCGCUCUAGCCAACAAACAUGAGCCAUUCUUUCUGGACAGUCCAUCGCUGAGCAACCUCCAGGCCUUGUUGCUUCUGCUCAAAGCCCGGGAGAGCGCACCCAAAAGGGGAUACUAUUAUCGUUCAUGGAUGACUUGUAAAACGGCUAUUACGAUGGCGAAAGAUCUUGAAUUGCACGAACACUAUGAAAUACACUCGCUGGGACAGUCAUGUAGUUCCGAUCCCGUCGACUGCCUGACCAAGACUCGAAUCUGGCAGACUCUUCUGGUUUGUGAGACCAUGGUAGGAGGCCCGCAGGGGCGAACCGAUUUCGGCGUAGAUCCGAAUUCUGUUGAUAUCAGUGAAAAUCCGCCGUGUUCUGAGCUGGACGACUACGAAAGGUCGAUCUCGAGGCAAUUUGCAUACUUUGUCCGCAACGUCCGCAAUAUCCGUCUCAUCACGGAUGUCCACCGCAAAUUGCAGAGGAAGAAGGACUGGGCUCUGGACAAAGAAUUCGUGGCAUAUAACGCCUCCUUCCAGAAAUGGCCUGAUGAGCUCCCACCCGACUUGCAGCUGCCACUCCCUCCCACGGGUGCAACACCCAAUGUAACCUCGCAUUUUCUAGGAAACAUGCAUUCUCACUAUCAGCUGGGGAUCGUGAUGCUCCAUCGGCCACAGUUGUCAGCGUCUCAGUCGUUCGCUGCCGAUAGUCAGUGGAGAGAUCAUAUGAGUGUUUGUUACAACUCAGCUAAAAUACUUUGUCGACUGCAAGAAGGAAUCUUGGCCAAAUUCGAUCUGAUGGGAUUGCUUGUUAUGCAAAGAGGGAUCAAUUUCACCAUCUACGCCAUCUUAACCUGCAUCAUGAUUCAUUUGGUUGCGCUUUCUUCCCCGGAUCCAGAAUUCAAUUUCGAGGCAAAAGACUACUUUGUCCGACAAAUGAGGAUUCUCGAACGAUGUGUCUCUGCUUGGCCAAUGCCAGAAACAGAAGCUCAAAUCAAUGCGCUUCGAGCGGCAUUUUCAGCUGAUGUCAACAAACCCUUUGAACUCAAGGAGUCCUUCCCUCAUGGUACGCCCUCUGAACAUUCCCGACCAUCUCCUGUAUCUCCACCGUCCUUCGAAAGACAACAGCCACCGAUGCAACCACAGGGACAGAAGCUUGCCGAUCUUCAACAAACACAACAGACACAACCACAGCAGCAACAACAACAACCACAGCCUGGUUCUUACGUAUCUCAGCAUCUGAGCCAGAUGACACGCCAGACUCCGUACCUCGCCACCCCACCUGUCUCGGUCUAUACAGCCGAUUCAAAACCUCCGACACCCAUGUAUGCUCAGAACUAUGAACUGGAACAGACACCCUACUCAACCAUACCGAGUUCUGCGGGUGGAUAUUACCAGCAACCGACCUCGGCGACGGAAAUCCAGUGGAAUCCGACCCCGAUCAUGGACCAGUUCGAUACGGCGUUCGCCAUCCCUCCGUCUGCGUUGGCUCCCCCUCCAUCCUUGUACGGGGGCAGCGGUGCCUCACCUCCGGGGAACAUGCAUUCCAUGCAAGCGAGCUUCACCUCGACGAAUUCCCCCACCUACGGGACGACCUCACUGCCGAGUUAUACGCCACAACAGCAGCAACCGCAACAACACUACUUUGCCACACAGCAGCCGCAGUCAUACCAAGAUACGUCGCCGCCGAUGGUGUCCAACUCACAGCUCCCAAUGUCUGCGGGGACUGCAUAUGCCACAACUGGCGUGGGAGGGGCGCCAAUGCUCGUGACGCCUCAACAGUGGCAGCAGAGCGUAGCCAAUGUGAUUGACGCAGGCAGGUUAAAGAGGAGGUGGGAUUAUGCUCAGCAGUAG